CAUGUAACCGGAACCUUUAGAUCGGAAUAAUGUAAUAAGGUGCGAUUCGGUUUUCAAUCUGUCAUUCUGUCAAAUAUUGCAAACGAACAAAAUUAUAUUCUAAAGUGACAUUUGAAUUUGUCACGAAAAUUUUACCAAAAAGACUAAAUUCUAUUGAAAAUUACUGAAAAACAAAAUUUGUUUUAUUGGAUAUAUGGUGUAAUAUGUUGGUUUUUGAUAUUAAAUAAUAUAUAUUAAGAAGUCUAAAGUAUAUAAUUAUAAAAAUGAGCCGCCACGAAGGUGUUAGUUGCGAUUCUUGUCUAAAAGGAAAUUUUAGAGGUCGUAGAUAUAAAUGUCUGAUUUGUUAUGAUUAUGAUCUUUGUGCAACAUGCUAUGAAGCAGGAGCUACCAAUACCAGACAUACUACUGAUCACCCCAUGCAGUGUAUUCUUACCAGAUCUGAUUUUGAACUGUAUUAUGGAGGUGAAGCACUUACUAGUCUGGAAUUACCCCAAUCAUACACUUGUCCAUAUUGCUCCCGUAUGGGGUUUACUGAUGUUACAUUACAAGAGCAUGUAACUUCAGAUCAUCAAGACACCAAUUUUGAAGUGGUUUGUCCUCUUUGUGCUGCAAUGCCAGGUGGAGAUCCAAAUUUCAUGACUGAUGAUUUUGCGGGCCACUUAACUUUGGAGCAUCGCACAGGUCCAAGAGAUUUAAUCUCAUUUUUGGAUGAACCAGUAGGAACAAGGCACAAUGUUAGACGUAUUCCACACAAUACGUCUCACAGUGCUACCCAUAUUGGAAGAGGUUCAGCUACUGCUUUAAGACCAAGAAGAAGUAAUAUGCAUUUCAGUGUUUUCAGUUCUGGGGGAUUUUCCUCUCUUUCUCCUUCUUCAAGAGACUCUGUGGACCCUAUAGCAGAACUUCUGUCUCAGUUAUCAGGAGUCAGGCGAUCCGCUAGUAACACCAAUAGCAGUACUCCAACUCAAUUACAGCAAUUGCAAAUGCAACUUCAGCUAGAAAGACAACAAGUGAAUGCUGCCAGACAACAAUUGGAGCGUUACCCAAGGAGACAGACUCAUAACCAAAGCUUAAGAGAACCAAAUACUUCAAAUUGUGGAACAUCUACUAUGUUGCUUAAUGCUUCUCCAGUUCUUGUGCAACCUGCUUCUAGUACACCAACCCCACCAUCACAACAAUCGCAGUUUCUACUGACAGGUUUAUUGGAAGAACUCUCACACCAAUCUACAAGUGAUCAAUUAAGACUGGAGCGUAGCAGAUUUGUCCAGGAGUUAGUAAUUGCGUCUGCUGCCCUCGCUUAUAGAUAUGAUAAUAGUAGCGUGCCACAUAUAAAAUCGUUAUUAAAAUUGAUAGAAUCUAGUCCACAAGAUUUGCUGACUGACCUAGAGGCAUAUAGUAGACCUACACCUCGUCAAACCAGUACUGUACUUCGUGGUCGAGCGAGAAGUGAUGCACAGAAUGCAAAGAGAAGAGCAGAAGCUAACAGGGCUGUUCAAGAUUAUAAUACUAGGUCGAAUGGUGAUACAAACAAUUCAACUAAAUAGUUUGGUUUUGAAGUUUUGUUCACUUAUUUUUAAAAUCUUACGUAUAUUAGUCCUUUUGGUUUCAUUCUAAGAAAAUUGAAAAUAGUUGAAUUUUGUUAACAUUGCUGAUAGAAAAUACACACUAAAUAUGAUAAAACGAGUUCUUCAUGCAGAUGUGAAAAAUAUUUUGAAAAUGAAUAAAAGCGUUUAAUGGCAUUUUUGAAACUGAAUGUCAUCAGUUAUGAGAUUUUUUUAUAUGUUUGAUAAUUAUGAAUAUUCAUAUUGCGAGAGAAUAAAAUCAAGACACGUCAAUUAUAAUUGAUCAAUCACUUAACUUAGUGGUUUCCUUAAGCGUCCAAUGACAUGAGUUGUUAAGAGAUGUUAAUAUUGUUCUAAACAAUUAGUAUGUUCUCUUCAAUUCCUUUAAACAACUCUAUAUACCUCUAAAGAAAAAGUGUGUUAAUAAUUCUAUUUGCUUAAAACAGUGACUUUGUGAAAAUUCAUUUAAAAAGAGCAAUUUUCAACUACUUUCAUAUUCCAUAUUUUUUUUUGGAAUAAUCAACUAUUUUUAAUUUUCUUGUAAAGUUUUAAUAUAAUUUAAAUUAUUUUCUUCUCAACUUUCAUUAUUCAAAAUAUGUAACGCCACCGUCAGCAAAUGUUUGAUACACAUAAUACACCUUUCUAAAUUCAUUGUGAGUUUUUUUAAGUAGUGGCUAUCUGAAGUCACACCUAAAUACAAUACUAUAAAAGGCUCCACACUUUUCUAUUCAGUAUGAAUUAGACAUAGGAGCAGCUAAACUAUCCUUUCAAACAUAGUAUCAUCACUUGAUAAAUACUUUGUUUUAGAUAUUUUUUCUGUAAAAUACUUAUUGGCCUUGAAAGGAAAACUGGAUAAUUGAAAAUGUGUAAGAAUCUAGUCUCCAACUUGUAUUUAAUGCUACCUGAAUAAUUCCAUACAACUUGUGAUUAUUUCUUACUAGUGAUGUAAAACAUGUUUCUUGAAUGUCCUCAUUAUUAUCUGAAUGAGUUAUGCACUUUAUUUUCUUUCAUAUGGUUACACAAAUUUCAAGUUGUGCAGAGUCCAGCAGCAAUAUUUGCUUUUUUGUCUAUUCAUAAAAUCCAUUAUAGGAAUCAGAUUUUAUUUAUUCUAUAUAAUGUAUGCACAUGCCUACAAUUUUGUUGUAAUAAAUUUUUGAAGUUGAAAUCAGAUAUGUGCAUUCCCCAUUCUUCAUAUACCAAAUUAAGUAUGUUCUGGAAUUUGUCAUGAUUCUUGUCAACAUAUCAGGCAUUAUUUUGGAUAUUUCUUCCUAAAUCCUGAUCUUCAAAUUUAGUAAGGACCUUGAUAAUAGGCUCAUAAUAUGCCCUUGCAGUGUGUGCCGUUGCCCAUCUUCAUUAGAACUAAAUAUCAUUCAAGUCCAAUUCCCAUAAAAAAUUUGCAUAUUUACAUACCAAUUCAAAUUCUCUGAUAUUGUGACUUAAUUUUCCUCAAAGAAUCAAGGUGCAAUAAUUCUACAUGAGGAAGUUGUACACCACUGGGAGAACGCAAAGACUUGGAUGUAAUUCUUGAAGGUUGGUGUCAGCUCUUGUAACGUAUUUUUUAGAUAUAAAUAAUAAAUAAAAAUGGCUUCUUCACUACAUCGAAAAAUAUGCUUCAAAUUAUGGCGGCUGAACUGUAUCGGGUUAAAUUUUAGUCUAGCCUCUAAAACGAGAAUUUUAAAAAGAGGAGUUAUGUUAUUGAACCUUGUAUAUAUCAGGAAACAUGAAAUAAACGUUGUAAAAGGACUAUUCUAAAUUUCAGCAAUAUUUUGUUACUAAAAUACGUUUAUUACUAGUGUUUCUGAAAUCAGUUGAAAUAUUUUUCACAUUUGUCUGUUCAUAGGUGUUUCUUUAAUCUCAUUAAUAACAGUAUAUUGUGAUCUUAAAUAAACAAAAAGCUUUAACAUUUCUUGCCCACCUGCAUUUCAUUGAAGUUAUGUAGUACAACUACUGUAGUAUCCAUUAUUUUUGGAUACGUUUUAUUUGGAAUCAUUAUAUCUGCUAUUGCUUACAUUGCUUUAAGCUCUAAAUGGAUUUACAUGGGAAAUUUUUCAUCUAUAUUGCGGUUAUAGAAUAAUGGCUUGAUUUGAAAAAUCCAAAACCACUAUGACACUAGAUUCUGUAUCCCUUUGGUAAAUAGUGCUGUUACAUAAAUGUUCGGAAAUGAGCAUAACAUAUUAAUAUUUGGGAAAUUAGUAAAAUCAAUAAAAGCGAAGAGUGUAUGGAAGUAGCCAUAGUUUUUUAGUUCAAACUUUGAAGGAUAAAAAGUGUAAACAGGAAUAAGUUUUGUUGUCUAAAAAUAUACGUAUAUGCUACUUCCACGAUUAAUUGACAUUAAUCUAUAAAGAAAAUCAGCAAUGCUAAAAUACAGGAUUUGUUUUAAUAUGAGUCAAGAGACCAUUCGUGUGAAUUAGUACAACCAACCUGGUUCAUUACCAUUAAAACUAUUCACUAGGGUAAAAUAAAAUAUCUAUUGCAUUGCAUUGCAGAUACACUGUAUAUAUAAAGAGAUUUACAAAGGUUUACUAAAUUGCAUUAGAAUUUGUAAAAAUAUAUGAACAUAAAAUCUUUAUAACAAGUGAACUCUGAAAGUUUUUUUUCUUAUUUUUGAAUUUUCUAACAAGUAUUUCAUUUUUUAAUGCAUUCAGUUUUUUUGGGAUUGUCAGUUUUUAAUGUAAUUCAUAUUUUUGCUUUAAUUUAGGGUUAUUUAUUGGAAUGUAUUGAUUUCAUUUUUCAUUCUGUACUAGUUUUUUCUCCUACCCUUAGUUUUGGGUUAUUUAUUAAUUUGUUUUUGUUAAUAUCACUCUCAUAAUGUACAGAACAUAAAAUUUUGUCAAAUGUUUAAUAUCAAUAAAGUUAUUAAACUCUUAUGUUACGAAUGGUUAUUUUCACAAUAGGGUAUUUGCAUUUUUUAAAAAGUAUCUAUUCCAUCGUUUACUUUAUGAGUUCUUGAUAUGAAAUAAUGUCAGUAAGUACAGUAUUUAAUUAAAAGUGAAAAAAUUAUAUAUAAAUAUUUAAUUGGAAAAUCGAAAAAAUUUCAAAUUUUUAACUACAUAUAAAAACGAUUCUCAUUGUUUUUCAGUCAUAGGUUUAAUAAAAACAGUUGUCUGCUUGAUGCUCACAAGGUUAUCGUUGCCGGCAACGUAGCUUGUGUUGUUAUAAUGCAGUUUUCAUUUAUUAGUUUAUUAUUUUAUUUUUCUAUAUAUAAGAAUAAAGUGAAUAAACCUUUUACAGAUUAAGUUCUUACAUUAUUACAUAAUCACGUUAAAAAUGAAAAGCAUAAUAAACUUAAUUACCAUAAAAUAUUGAAGUAAGUUAAAUUUGAAUCUUACAUUAAAAUGAUCCUGGCAACAUAAAUAUAUACAUCUCGCAGGACCGUCAAAACGACCAAGAAUUUGAAACAAUUUUUGUUGUAUAUUCGAAUUUCUUGGCAUCAGAAAAAAAAAUUAUUAGGUGUUUUAGUUGUGCUGUUUUACAUCUUGGUACAGAACACGAUUUAAAUACCAUUUUUCAGAUUAAGCAAAGUUUGAAAAUAACGCUUACUUUAGAAUAACCCAGUGAAUAACUGUCGUUUUGGUUUUAUAUCAUAUGUUCAGUGUUUAGUUUAAACCUAUGAUGUCGCAUGUUUAAAUUUUUUCUUUAUAAAUAUUGAUCAAAGAAUUAAAAAGAAUAUAAUAAAA